AUGGCGGCGUCCGGCUCCCCGGGGCCAACCCCAGCCCCUGCCCGGAGGAAACCCCGGAGACCGCCGCCGCCGGCCGGCCGGCCCCCUGCGGUGGGAGAUGAGGAAAUGAAGUUACCUCCGGCCGGUCCCGUCGGCGGAGGCUGUGGGACGGGGCAGAGCGGGGAGUCGGGGCAGCCGAACAGGUCCCGGCGCGGCGGCGGCUACCGCAGUGCCCUCCGCCCCAUUGUUUCCCUUCCAAGAGGAUCCCGGCGAAGCCGAGCCCGGGAACCAGGAAGUUCCCCGGCGCGACACCUCCUGCCGCCGCUAUGGAAACGGCCCCCGCCUCCCAGGGCGGCUCGCCCGGGACCCCGCCUCCGCGCCGCCGGCCCCGCCCGCCUCACGGGCCGCCGCCAACCGUCGCCGCUGCGGCCGCGGCCGCCGCCAUCUUGGCGCGGCCGGGCGGCCUCUUCCCGGCGGCACGUGCGCGCCGCUCCCGCGUUCCCGCUGUCCACGGGGGCGCGCUUCCAGGGCUGCGGGAUGAGGGCGCAGCUCCCCGAGAUCCUGGGGGGAGAAGCGGCGCCUCUGACCCUCGGCGGCCGAGGGAAGAAGGACCCGCUCCGCACUGCAGACCCUGAACCUGAAGCGGGGCUUCGAGGCAGCGCGCGGAAACGACCCACUUAA